AUGCGUCCGCUCCACGGCCUGCUCCUGCUGCUCUGCCUGGCUGGGGGACGGUGCCAACGCGCCUCCUUCAGCCAGAGUCCCUCGGAGAUCUCGGUGUCCCCCGGGGAGACGGCCACGCUGGAGUGCGCCGUGGCCAACGUCGGAGCGGACACAGUCGUUGUGAUCUGGAUCCGGCAGAGCCCGGGACAGAAGCCGGAGGGGGUGCUGUACAUGACAACAGACCUGUCCGUGUACCGAGCACAGGGGAUCCCGGAGCGAUUUGAAUCCUCCCGAGAUGCUGCCAACAAGAAGUUCCUGCUCACCAUCUGCCAGGUCCAGGCCGGGGACGACUCCGUCUAUUUCUGCUUUGCCUUCUACACUUCAGACGGAGUCCAGACGUGGGGCGAGGGGACCCGCGUGCGGGUGCUGAGGAGUGACCUGCCCCAGCCCCACAUGCAGCUCUUCCCGCCCGCCCAGGAGGAGCUGGCCACCGGCGCGGCCACUCUGACCUUCCUGGUGAGCGGCUUCUUCCCCGGCUACGUGGAGGUGCAGUGGGAGCGCGAGGGGCAGCGCCAGGCCCAGGGGGUGAGCACGGGGCCGGUGGCGCUAGGCCCGGACAAGACCUACACUGUGAGCAGCCACCUGACGGUGCCGGUCGGCGAGUGGCACGUGGGGACCAACUAUAGUUGCCUUGUCCUGCACGAAUCCCUGCGGAGCCCGCUGGAGAGCCAGGCCUGCCUCCCUGUGUGGCCCUACGCCCGGGGGCAAGUCGCCUCCUUCAGCGAGAGCCCCUCGGAGAACUCGGUGUCUCCUGGAGAGACGGCCACGCUGGAGUGCGCCGUGGCCAAGGUCGGGGCGGACACGGUCACUGCACAGUGCAUCCGGCAGAGCCCGGGACAGAAGCCGGAGGGGGUGCUGCGUGGAGGGGUCGUCAGCUCGAGGAUAACACGCACUAAGGGGCCCACACUCACUGCGUUACACUCUGCCCCCUACUGGUGGGGCCGGAGUGGUCGGUGCUGGGGAGGUGACGUCUCUCCCGUUGCUUUGCAGUUCUACCUGCUGGGAGCAGUUCUGGCCCCUCUCCGCGUGGCCCUGGCUUUCCUCGUUCUCUUCCUCGCCUGGCCCUUUGCGCUACUCCAGGUGUUGGGCCGGCCGGAGGCAGAGCUGAAAGAGCCGCUCGUGGGAUGGAGGAGCGCCGUCUCCCACAGCUCCAUCUACUUCCUGAGCCGCCUGAUGUUCUUCCUCCUGGGCUUCCUACGCAUCCGGGUGCGGGGCCAGCGGGCAUCGCGGCUGGAGGCCCCCAUCCUAGUGGCCGCCCCCCACUCCACUUUCUUUGACCCCAUCAUCCUGUUGCCAUGUGACCUUCCCAUCGUGGUCUCCCGCACAGAGAACCUCCACGUGCCUGUCAUCGGAGCCUUGCUCCGGUUCAACCAAGCCAUCCUGGUGUCCCGCCAUGACCCGGCCUCCCGCAAGAAAGUCGUGGAGGAGGGGAAGAGACGGGCCAAGGUAGGAGGAGUAAAAUGGCCCCAGGUGUUGUUCUUCCCAGAGGGGACCUGCUCUAACAAGAAAGCCUUACUGAAGUUUAAGCCAGGUGCCUUCAUCUCUGGGGUUCCCAUCCAGCCCAUCCUCAUCCGGUACCAAAACAGCCUGGACUCGACAACCUGGGCAUGGCGAGGUCCUGGAGUGUGAGUUAUGCUUGAGGGAGAGGGGGUCUGUCUGUCUGUCUGUCUGCUGCCCC